AUGACAGAUUUGAAAAUCCUGGCACUAGCAGGUUGCAUUUGGAGUGCAAUCUCUGCACUUUGUACAGCGAGCUGCCCCCUUCUACACAUGCUUGAUCUUCGCUGGGUGGAGGACCUCAAAGACUCACAGAUGAAAGAGUUGCUUUCACCACCUACAGAUUGCAGAGUAGGUCAGAACCACAAUCAGAGCAAACUCUGGAACCUGACAGAAUUUCACUUAGCUGGUCUGGACAUCACUGACUGCUCACUGGCACUGAUGACUCGUCACAUGCCAAUGUUGAACAAGCUGGAUCUCAGCCAGUGCAACCAUGUGACUGAUCAGUCCAUCGCCCUCCUGACGGCGCCUGGAUCGUCUAUACGGGAAACACUGACUGAAAUUGACCUUUCAGGUUGCAAUCGAAUAACGGAUCAGUGCCUAUUGCUGCUUAAAGACUGCCCAAAUCUUACUCGAAUUGACCUUCGGAAUUGCAAACUGAUUUCUCCCCAAGCCUGUCAGCAGCUUGUGGAAGGGCUGGCAGCUGUUGCCCCCUUUGAACUCUUGGAAGACAAACUAUUAAAGAGGAGAAGUUUACAGUUGACAAAAUAGCCUCCCGGACACCCAUAAGCCUUGCUGAAAUGUUCCUCUGAGUCCAGAUGGAGACAGUGCAAAUAUAAUAUUUCAAAAUUGCCUCCGCCUGCUGCUUGGGGUGUGUGUGUAUUUGUGGGCCAUGCCUUGAUAGUCUGGAGUCGUCAUGGUGAUCAUGUCGUUCCCUGCUGGCAAAGUCAGUGAUCCAGUGACUGCUGUACAGUUUUUUGGGGGGAAAUUACUGGUGUAAUUGCCUUCACUUAGAAAAUGAAGCAUGGUUUUGGAAAAAAAUUGUUUUUGUAUUGCAAAUACAGGGUUCUGACCAUUAUGCUCUAGUAGUAAACCUCUUCCCCCUGCCUCCUCGUCUCUCCUUUUCCCCUUGAAGAGAAAACAGUGAUAUGGUAGAUUUAGGGAAUAUUUAAAAAUACACGGAACAUGAAGAUAUUAUGCAUGUUUGGAAAAAAAAUACAAAGCUUAAAGAUGGGCUGCAAUUUAAUUUUGGAAAAGACAGUCACUAUUUCCUCCAAGUCUAAGUUUGAGGAGAGUCCAAAAUAAUACCAGUAUUUUCAACAAAUGUUGUUUAAUUACACUUCUGAAGAAGUGUAUGAUGUUUCCUUUGACAUUCCAUUUUGCUGCACUUCAGUUUUAACCUAUGAUGCAUAGGUUGAGAGUCAGCACGUUAUCUUAAUACUGAAAAAUAAGUUGUCAGUUUGCAAAACCUGGUUAGUGAAAUAAUUCCUGGUAAUAAUAGACUUCAUUCAUUCCUGUUAUGGAUUUUUGUCCCUGACUUCUUGUUCCUUUGAUCAAAACAUUCUAGGUCAUUUUAUUGAGGCCAAAUUGAUUGCUGUGACAUUCUAGUUCUGCUCAGAAUUGUGAAAAACGGGUGUGCUGUGAUGUCUAACAUGUUUUAUUACAAAGUUGUGUUUUGUAGGGUGUGCUUUAAUUAUUAAUGAUCUGCAAUGAUAUUGUGCAUAUUUCAUAGUGUUUAAAAAUGCACCAUGGCAGCCCUCAUGGCCUAAUUAAGUGGUGUUUUAAUCAGAGAAAUGGAAAAUGUGCAGUGAUUGCAUUUAGAAAAAAAUUAUUACUUUGAAAGGAACAAUUUCACCGUUAGUUGUUCUAUCUCAUUUAAAUAGGAUAGACAAAAUGGAAGCAUGAUAACUGUUUUAGACCAUUAGAUAAGUAAACAUGUAGGACUUUUGACUCCAAUUGUACUAACUCAUUAAUAUUCCAUCACUGCAGUUGCUGCUCAGGAACACAAUACUCUAAGUUCAAAGCUGGUUCAUUGUCAGUGCAACAACAAAAUAAGACCUUUUUAUGAAAGCAUCUGUGUUGUGCAAAGCACUUGCUUUUAAUAACUAACUUUGAUUGUAACUAACCAUGCCCACCAAACUUACCCUGUGCUAGGAAGAUUCGCACGGCUUGUUUACGUAAAACUGUAAACAUGACUGGUUCACUAACAAUGAGAAAUUUUAAAGUGCAUCUGUAGAUAGCAGAAAUUAUUUUUUUAAUCUAAGUAUUCUGCCAAAAACAGAACUGAAUAGAAACACUAUGAGCAGUUUGACGUGCCACACCUUUCAAGAAACAACUGAUACAAAUUCAGGUUUGCUUCUGCUUACUGAGAAAACACUGUUUUACUUGUUUGGCCUUGCCCUAACUUUGGAUAUGUGUUUUACUGGCAAAUAUGCCCAGUACCGUAAAUGUUAUACAAGUGAAUUAGUUUGCUACCCUCUCUGGUGAGAAGACUUUUAUAUUAACUGAAACUCUCAAAAGUCUACCUGAAUUUGUAUUUUUCAAAAACCCUUCUUGGAGUUUGAGUGUUCAGGAUGUUUGCUAUUUCUUACAUUGUCUGUUUUGUAGGUUUUUCCUCCUUUGGAGCAAAGACUCUCAGCUUGUUUUUUUAAUUUAAUAAGAGGCUCAUUUUUCAAAUUUCCACUGUGCUUAAAUGUUUUUAUGACUUUGGUCAAACAAAUACCAUGCACCCAUCUUUAAGCUUCUAUCAUUAGUCUAUGCACUGUUGGAGAGGGUGAAUAAAUGUUUGAUAAAUGGAGGACUUUCCUUACAGCCUUGCUUAUUGUCUGGCUUUGAAAAUAAUGUAAACCCUCUGCUUGUCCCCAAUUGUAUUCUGCUUACUACAAAUAUUAGCAGCAAAGGAUUUCAAGUACUGGUCACAGCAUGCUGUCUAAUGGCUAAAACAGAAUAUCUGUUCUGUAUAUCUCAUCUUUACAAAGAAAACAAAUUUAUUGUACAAGAAUGUACUAAAUUUCUGCCACACCUACACCCUUUAGAAUGUAGAUGGUACUUGAUUAAAGCAGCAGUUGUAAAAUUCUGUACAUUAUACUAAGGCACCUGCUGCUUUCUGUAAGUAAUAGGGAGAUUGUUCAAGUUGGGUUUGAAAUAGAUUAAACUUUAAGGGGUGUGUAAUUAAAUUUAUACAUAAAACCAAAACAUUGACGGCUUUGUUUGAUCCAAAGAUAAAAUCGUCAGUAAAAAAAAAAACUGAAAACCGUGUGAUAUUCUAAAGAAAUUUUAUCUUUCUUGGUCUGUUGUACAAAAAUUUUUUUUCCUCUUAAACAGUGCAGCAUUUGCCCCUGUUUAUGCAGUGCAAGCUCUCAAACACAUUGGAUAAUAGGUCAUGCUCCAUACAUGAAGAUCUGAAGGUGUAAGAUGAACAGUCAGCUGUGUAUGCUUAAUCUUUUAGUGUGACAACACCUGACAUAAAUGUUUCUUAAAGGAUCAUAGAUGAGGUGUUUCUAUUCCUCGUUUUAUAGUGGGGACUUAUUUCUUUUUUAAUUUCAGCAAAAGUAUUUUUCUGUAAGUCUAACCUUCUUAUUUCUAAUUAUCUUUUGGCUUCAGUGGUAUUGGUCUAUGCUGUGGUUUCACAGAGGGAACCUGGCCUAGUAUGGAUUAUCAUUUUCAUAUGUGCACUCUGAAUUCAAAUUGUGUGCAUAAAUAAAUUUUAUAUAAGUACACAAUGAUGCAUCUGUUUACAUACUAAUGGUGCAGGGAAAUCCACAUGUGAGACUAGUACAAAUGCAAUUAUAGCAACAGUUUCAUAGAUGUUUACAUCACAUGGUUACUUGUUCUGUGAAUUUCCUGUGGUUAAACUUUUAUAUCGAAUAGAAAAUUAAAUUUAUUUUCUAUUAUUUUAUGUUAGCAUCUUAUUAAAGAAAUAUUCUAUGAUAAUGUAGCUAACAGGAACUAAACCCACCUCUUGCGGUAGUUUGUAAAGAGUUUUAAGAAUAUUCAGUUUUUAAUGCGAAGUAAAUUCAAAUUUGGAGAUCAUAUUUCAAUUUUUUUUAAAUUGGUAACACCACUUUAAGAAAAUCUGAAGGAUUUGAGUUUUUUUGUGCAUGUGUGCUUAAAUCCUUUGUGUUCUUUUCUCCUUUUAUAUAAAAAAAAGUUUACUUUUAUGCUCUGAGCUACCAUUUUUAGCAUGUCUGUCUUCCUUCACGUGCAGGGCUCCUGGGAAAAUGUUUACUCUAAGUUUGGAAUGUCCUUUUAGUAUGAAGACAGGAUUCAAAAGGUCACUUAAAUAAAAAGUGCACACACUGAAUUUAACUUUUUAAAAAACUGCCAUCUAUAUUUUUUUCCCCUGAAACUACACCACUAUGAAUUUCACUAGGAAGAUGAAACAUGACAUUGGACUUCAUGUUGGCAUCAGUAUUGGAGGAAUCAACUGUGCGAGUGUCUUUGUUAAAGCAGAAAGUUAAUUUUUUUUAGCUGGAAAAGCGUUUGUUCUCUUGACUAAUGGAUAAGCACACAGGAUCAUUGCUUUAAUUCAGUAGUUUCAGUUAUGAAAACAUUCAGUUGUUUGCCCUUAAUGAUGUGGAUUGGUUUGCCAAUUCAAAGCGGAGCUCCAAAACACAUACGUAGAAAUGGCAGCAGUUAAAUUCAUUUCCCCUUUUACACAUUUUCAUAAUAUUGUCCUGUCUGUUGUUUUAUUGCUAGUUUUUAAUAGUUUUAAUUAAUGGCAACAGGGCAAUAUCAUCCACAUGUCUGUUAAUAUCAUUCGUUCUCCUGUCGAGGUGCAACAUCUUUGAAUAUUUCAAUCAAAAGCAAGGAAAAUUACAGUUUCCAAAGGAAAAUGCUGCCAUCCAAAAAGAUUUCAAUCCAUAAAAAGUUGGAUUCUUUUUUAAGCCUACCUUUUUUUUAAGAAAAAAACUGCUUUGUGAAUUUCGUGAAUAUAAACUUUUAAAAAGGAAUGGCAUGUAGAAAACUGAGAAUUAGCCAGUAACAAUGUAAACAUGAGGUGACUAAAAUAAUUGUUCACAUAUACACUGCUUUUAUCUAUUGAAUGCUGUCUUGGACAUUGCACAUUGACCUAAUGUAUGCAGUUCAAUGUGAUCUGAUUUUCUGUCACUGAACAAAUAAUUAUUUGCCAACAGUUAUUUGGCAAGUGUUACUGUGCUAUUAGUGAAAGGUCCUACUAGUAAACUGGGAAGCUAGUUUAAAUGAACUGCCAACACUGAAACCACUGCACCUUUUAAUACUCACAGCAUAACAUGUGUGGUUGGUGGCUGUCAGGCUGUAUGAAUGUGGUAAAUAUAUUGUAUCAAGAAAAACUAAAUGAAAGCUUUUAAUUUCAUUUUCCAUUUAUAGAUAUUAAGCCACAAUUGGGAUUGCAUUCUCAGGGGCCUGAUGUUUUUAAAACACAUGGAGAGGUUUUAUGUGUUUUUUUAAAAAUCUGUCCUUGUUCAUUUUGCUUUUUUAAAAAAAUUCAGCCAUCUGACCUUCUGUUGUUAAUGUGCUUUUGAAUAUACAGUGUUGUCUAAUGAAAGCUCCUAUUUCACUUCCAUAAACCUUCCCUGGAUAUCAGCAAAAUGAAGAAAAAUCGACAGGCUAAGUGUCAUUCAAAGGACUAGGACUCUGGAGCAUUGAUAGGAAAGUAGGCCUUCUAUAUAUCACAACAGCAUAAUACUCUUGUCUUAAUUAAUGCAGCAGUAUUGCUCUUCUCCACAUCCCUCUCUCAGCAUUUGUAUUUGUCAUCUUCUAAUUUUAUACUAGCACUCCACUGUGAAUUAACCUACCUUUAUCAAUUCCACUCAGCAUUUUUAGAAAUUUUACAUAUAUUGCCCAUGUAUUCUACUGACUCAUUGCAGAGGAAAUCACUCUUGGAUAGGCUGCAGGGCAUUCUUCUACUGGAACGAAGAAAAAUGGCUAUGAUGACAAAAUAGCAAGGCUGCCACAGGACCCUCUCAUAUUUAAUACCUAAUUGAACACUGGUUUCUUUCAUUGGUUGUAAGUUUGUUCCUUUUUCCAAAACAAUCCUAAGUGGCAAAAAAGCAAACUGGAUCACUCUCUGAAUAUUCAGUCUUUGUUUUGUCAUUGAUUGGAAAGAAUGAAUGGGAUUAUUUGACUAUGCUAGGGGUCAGUAGUGUAGUAAAUGAUACAAAUGUUGAUAAUGGCAAUGAAGAUUAAUCAGGUAGGCCUCUUUACUUCUGUUUUCACACUUCUCUUGCCUCAUUGACCUUGCCCAUUCAGUAGAAUAUAUUUCAUCUUGGUACAUUGGGAACUAACAGUUUCUGGUUUGAAAGCUUCACAGCAGUAUUUUUUUUCUUAAUUUGCAGGGUUAUUCAUUCAGGUGUCGAUUUUUGUUUUAGGAAUUUCUACCAGGGAACAUAAUUGUGUGUAAAAUUGUUCCUAAGAAGCUAGAUUUCGUUCUGAAUUCUGCCAUCAAUGCUAUCAUUUCACUGAGUAAAGUUGUUUUUGUAGUGAAAUUCAAUGGUUAUUAUUUAAAAACAUAUAUUGUACUUUUGUUUUUGCCAUCUAUACCCUAAUGCACUGCAUUACUUGCCCAUCUCUUCAAUAACAUUUUAAAUCCCCCUCUGUUUCUAUUUCUUUUCCAAGCAUGACUUUCUUUUUUUCAUUUGGCAUUGACAGAUGUUUGUGUCUUACCAUCCCAAUAAAGCAGCUGCCUGUAAUAUUUAAUGAAGGAUAUGGCGAGAAGGUGAAGGUAUGGGUGAGUUGCUGUUGCUGAUUGCAAAUGUCUUGGUAUUGAGCUGAAUGGCCUCUUUUUCUAUACUGGAAUCAUAUUUGAUUCUAUGAAAAGGAGCUAUUAAUGCCACAUGGAGAAAAUUAAAAGCCCAACCAAAACUCGCCUUAGUGAAGUUCAGCAAUCGAUAAACCCUCACCCUUUGUACUUCACUUUCUCUGCCAUUGCAAAUCUUAUGACUGACAUUUAGUUGAAGUGCGUUUUCCAUGUGUAAAGUAUAUUCGAACAAAUGCUGUAUAAAUGCAAAUUGCUGUUCAGUUUGUUUUGAGAAACCCUCCAGAUAACUGAUAAUUUGGUAAACCAAAGCGUGAUGCUGUUGAUUUAUGCUUGCUCAUUUAGAAUAGUGCUUCCUGUCUCAUUAUCCUAUUUAUGAGGGGAUAUUUCUUUUAAAUUCAAGUCUAACUGGCUAUUAAAUAACAUUCCAUAAAACUGAAGUCUGUGCACAUAACCGCAGCUUGUGAAUAAUACAAACCUACAGCUGACUUGAUAACAUUAGUGGAAAAGUGCAUGGAGUCUACAUGAAAUCACUGCCUAUUUAUCAGAGUUAACCAUUUAAUAGAUGCAGGUUAACAGAGGCAAUAAAAUGAGCUGAGGGCUGCCAUCAACUGCAGUAAGCUGUAGGAUGCUGUUUAAAUUUAGCAAUUUAGAUCUGCUAAUGUGGUGCUUAUUGUAGUAAUAUGAAUGUCCAAGAAAAAUGUUUUUUCUAAUUGGUUUGUGAACGCUUACUUUAUUCUUAGAGUAAUAGAAAUCAUUCCUAUUCCCAAAAUACACAAGUUCUGUAACAGUUCUGAUCUGCGACCAAUAUCUGUGCAUCUAGUAAGUCUGGUAUUACACCAUGGGUUGAAAGUGCACCUUGUCUGUUGGGAGUCAGCUUGGCAUGUGUGCUGUAUUCAGAGGGUCAAACCCUGGGGCAGCAUUUGGUACUUUCUUACCAGUUGAAGGCUUGGGUUCCAUUGGAAUAUUCCCAAACUCGGUUCUCUUAAACUUGACUUAAUACGAGACCUGAGCUAUGCUUUACCUAGGGUGCCGCCCUAACACUGAAUCUCUCAACAUGUGGAAAUAUCUGACACUUAAUGUGCACCUAAAACUUCUGCAUUAAAACCAGUAAUUGUGUUUAUAAUAAAGUGUAUUUAGUUCAUGCUCACAACCUCAAAAUCUCUCCAAUUGUGUCUGGAUGGCCAGAAAAAUUAAAGAUGCCUUUAUUUGGUGGCUGCAGCUUUUAUUGCAUUUUCAAAGUAGCUUCACUGCAUUUAUUUAAAAUUUGCUGGGGAGUUUAAAUUCUUGUUUUUGGGAUAUCAUUUCAAAUUUUUGUCUUAACAAAUGUUAUUGUCUAUAAAUGUAGAAAUGUUCACAGCAGUUUGAAGGUCAUGGCUUACAGAACAAAACAAAUGAUGACUGGGAGAAACUCAAGAACUCAACUGUUUUUUUGGAACUUUUAUAGCAGUUUGCUAGGUAUUGUGGGAAUGGCCUCAUCGUGUGGAGUUUUUGUAAAAAUAAAUUCCAAAUCUUCAAGACUGUAACUGUCUUGGAGAUGAAAUAAUUAGCCACGUACCUGCGGUAAACACUAAAAGCCCAUUGUUGUACUUUGAGUGCUGUUUUUCCUUUUUUAUCAACAUCCUCUGUUUUUAAAGUAUGCAGAAUUUCAUGAAAGGACAAUCAAAAGUAUAUAUUUUUUAAGAGAAACAAUACUAGGAGUGGUCCCAGAGGUUUGAGCUCAACUCAUGUUACAGCAUGAAAGAUUGCUGUGUCACAUGGUGCAGUUUCUGAUUUUAACCUGUCCCCUUCCAUUGAGUUGUCUUGCCAGUUAAGAUUCAUGCCUCUGGCACAGUAUAUUAUGACACAUUUGAAGCAGUUCUUGCUUUUGUUGCUUGUUUAUACACAAGUUGAUCUCCCUUCUGUAUGUUUCAAGCCUGUGGGUUGUGAUGAAAUUCUAUUUUAAAUGUAGUCCAAAUAUUCAGUGUCUGAUUCAGUUCAAAUAUUAUCAACUAGGUUUAAUUAACUCAUCAACCAUGUUGUACCAGCAUGUGAAAUCUGACAACAGAUGAGGGUUUGAGUGAACUUUGCAACUCCGUCAAUCUUGUAAUCUCCUCCUACACAGGGGGAGAUAGUAGGCCGCCUUGUUUAUAUCUGUUUCAUCUAUGUUCAUGCUUAAUGUUGUUACACCACACUUUGGUUUCAGCUGCAUUGUUUGAACUGGCUUUAAUGGUCAGCAUACUGGAGGGUGUGUCAAUUUAAAUGUGGACUAAUAUUGACCAAGUAUAUUCAGGGUCCUCUGCAGUGAAAAUAAAAGCGGAAGACUGCCGAAGGGACCCUCCAUCUCCCGAGGCUUGCAUUUUACUGUUGCUUAUAUAUAUGUGUCAUAUACAUAUUUAUUGACCAAAAUACUUAGUGAGGGCCACACAAGUUCAUGUGGAUUGCCCAAUGAUUCAGGUUGUGACUUUUUGUUCCCAGUGUUCUCCUAGUUAAUAGAAAAUAAAUGCAGAAUUUUGUAAAGCUUUGAGUAAUUUCUCCCUUGAUGUUUUGUAGGCAUUAUACCACUUGUACAUAACAACAUUCUGCUGGUUGGUUCUUGUACCUCUGAUCCUUAUCUUGAAUUUGUAGCUGCACAAAAACAUGCUAUACUUCAGAAAUCUCAACUAUACUUGAAUAAAGUUUUACUUUAAAUUUUAAA